AUAAUGUGGUCGGGCACGCGCCCGGUGGUUGUCCACGUCGGACAGUGUACUUAGUGGCGGAUGCGUGUGUGGUGGCGGGCGCGGGUGACGUUGAUCAUGCGGGUGUACUGUGUGACCACUGUGCUGGCAGCGUUGGCGCUGCAAACGGUGGCCGAACCGGCGCCGCGCCGCUUCUCGACAGAGUGGCGCGGCGGCCGUGAACUGCAAAUACGCUCACGACCUUUGCAUGAGAUUUUUGAACCGGAUACACCGACAACAGAAACAGAGCGGACCUACGUGCAACAUCAGCCUAUGCACAAGGACCGCCGCCGUAUGCGUAACAAUAAACGAGCACCGCACCUACCUGCUGAGCUCGCGAGCCAAAUGAUGUUACGCGCUUCGCGUUCCGGCCGCCCUUACGAUGUUCCUCAAAUAGAAUGUCCGCCAGCGGCUGACGGCAUGGAACGAUUUGCUUGUCCAACCCCGGACAGACAAGGCCGCUAUCGCUGUAUCGAUGAUCACGUACUUUGCGACGGGUUCAUCGACUGUCCUAACGGCGAAGAUGAGGAUCGACAAGCGUGCAUGUUUUAUAAAACGACGAAAGCCCACCUAGAUGUUCUAGCCGACGCGCUCCUGCGGUGGGCGCGCGGUCGUUAAGUAAAGCAUCCCUACCGGACCCUGAACCUGCAGAGCUGACCUUAUUGCAUUCCACCAGCGCUGCACAGAUAGACUGACAAUUAAUCGGAAAUGUGCAAUCGCGUUCAGUGUAUUCCCUCAAGAAAUAUUUGGACGCAACCAGUCAUAUUAACUAGGAAAAGCGAUGAUCGUAAUGAAACAUAUCAAGUAGUGGUGCAAUCUGACAAAACCAUAACCACUUAAAGUGUAGUGUAAGGAUUCCUUCAGCGGACUUAUCCGAAACUGAAAACUUUAGGAACCGUUGAAAAGCGUGAGCGCGGAAUGUACGAGUAACUAGUCAUUGAGAGUGAGCUAGUAAUGCGAUCUGGUUUCGUCCUAAUAAUCUCUCUGCAGCUGAUUUAUUUCUCAUUUCGUACCUUCUAGCACUUAUUAAACUAAAAUGUGAGACUGGUAGUCGACAUUGUUAGUCGGUAGAACUUACAUGAUAUACAUAAAUAAAUAUUUUAGAAAUUAUAAUUCUUCAUUUGACGAAAAAUAAAUGUUAUUAUGUAUCUAUCGUUAAAGUAUUUAUUCACUCAAUCUAUUUAUUCUAUAUUAAGUUAAUUCCUUAUUAUGAGGGUUGUA